GCUGCCACAGGCGCUGCCGUGGAAGCUAUACUAUGCGUGGGACCUCGUAGACCAAUACAUACAUCCAUGACCCUGCUACGCAGCCGUGUGAAAAAUAUAUAGCACGUUUUCCCUUUCACUCUGUGAUACGGGAGUUAGCAUUUCCUCUUCAACAUGUACCGCCCAGUUAAAACAGCACACGGACCGCCGCAGUUCGGACCUCCACUACCCCAUGGCCCUCCUUUCAGACUACGAGGGCCUUGUAGUGGUCCUCCCCCUGGACACUUGCCACCUGCACCACCGGAUAGCCAUUUUUUUCACAACAGGCCACCAAGAGGGGAUUUUAUCAGCCCCCACUGUAGCAGCUUCUCCAUAGACCGUAGUACAAUGAUUGGUUUGGGAGGCAGCCAGCAGAUCGUCCCUCCCGCACAACCACCGCACAUUCAGAUCCCACAGUGGAAUCCCACUCCUGUGCAACAUCAUUCUCUGGACAGUAGUGACCGAGCUGGUGAGGAAUUCCUGAGAUGCAUUGCAGCCAACAAGCCUCUCCCGGACUAUCUCAAAGGGAACAUGGCAUACAACCUGGCUGAUGCAUUUAAGUCGGCUAAUGUCCUGAAAGAAGCAGUCAAAUCAGACCCUGAGUUCCAGAAGCACGCGACCAGGAGCAAAAGCCGUAGUCGAAGCCGCGGCAAAUCGCGAGCCAAGAGUCGUGCACGAAGCAAAAGCCGAGCACCAAGCCCAAGCAGAGGAAGGAGCAAAAGUCGUGCCCGUGGCAAAAGCAGAGCGAGAAGCAAAAGCAGGGCCAGAAGCAGGGCUCGCAGUAGGAGUCGGAGCCAGAACCGAAGCAAGAAGAGUCACGUACGGAGCAAGAGCCGGGUCAGGAGGUCCAGGUCACGAAGCAGUAGUAGUGAAAAGAGCUAUGUCAAAGACAAAAAGAGAAAAAUGAGCCACAGCAGCACUGUUGGCAGCAGUACAUAUCUGACAGGGAAUAGUCUGCUAGAAGGACUAAAGCUGGUCAUGAACAGCAAAGAACUGGAUGAGCGGUUGCCCACCCUCAAAGAUGCCAUCCUCACUAUUCAGGCCUCAGACGACAGCAAAAAAAGGGAGUGUGUACCUGAUGAGCACAGACAUCCGCAACAACAUGACCGUAAUGAGAAUUCAACAUCACUGGAAAAUGACAGUAUGCUCCUUCCCCAUGACAGAGUAGGCAGUGACUUCUCUUGGCUCCAGGCGCAAAGUCAGGAGGACUCUGCAGUCCUGAAAGCUAAUGAGCUUGAAGAUGAAGAGUCAUUCUUGUAUGGAAAUGAAGAUGCUGGACAACAAGCCAAUAAAACCUCUACUACACGUUUUGCAGUAUUUUCCCAGAUGGGAGAACAUGCCAAACUACAGGAAAUGGAUAGUUCAGGCAGUCAACAUCAUCAAAACAAGUCCAUAUUUAGUAGCUUUGGGGAUUUGCUUGAUCUGAAGCAACCCCUUCAAAUUACUUCCUCGAGCGUAACCUCUGCCAAUCUGGACAGCAGUGAGUGUGAGAAGAUCAAGAACAUAUUAAAAAGUCUGGGCACAACAGACAUCAGCGAGUUUAUGGUUAAGAUGCAGGGGCAAAAGGAGGGGACGCAGCUGUCUCCUGCAUGUCCCAGUUCAGAGCAAACAGCAGCAGGCUUAGCACUGAGUAACCCGAAUGUAAGGCAAGCUCUGGAGUCUUUACAGUCGCUGAUCAAAGCGACAAAAGAGAAGCGGGAAAAACGUGAUGGCAGUGGCACCUCUCAGACAUCCUCUGAUAAACACAAGGCAGGUGAUGAGGAAAGGAAGAAAGAGAAACAAGCCAGAAUGAAUAAAAUGGAAUCAUUGAUGAAAGAACUGGAAGGAUUGUUGAAACAGGAUGGAUUAAGUUUUCUGACACCAGUAAUCGGGUUUUACUGCCAGAAAUGUGAGGAAUUCAUUGGAGAUUUGAAUAGUGCUGAAAACCAUGCAGCAAUCUACCGCCACAGUGACUCUAUCAGUCAGAAAGUGCAGGUGGACAAGCAUUCUGGAGACAGCAAGGGACACUCACGUCAUGUUAGCAACAGCACUCAGCAGCCACAUACCUCAGACAGGAGAGAUCACAGGGACUACAGUUACGCUAGAGAUUCCGGAGACCACAGGAAUCACAGAGCCAACCAACGAGACUUGAGGCACGAAAGAGAUCACAGAAGCAAACUCCACGACGACUGCAGAAGCCACAGGGCGGGGCAGGACAACAUCUCCUUGAAAGAGGAGAUGAGGAAGGAGAGGAUGCUCAUAACGGUGUCCCGUGGACUGACACCUCCAAACGUCAAGGUAAAGGAGGAGGUGAACAAGGAGCAGACAAUCGGAAGCCACAGCAAAGUCAAAGUGGAAAACGCAGACCGCAAGGACAAAUCAUCCAGGGGCAGCAGAGAAAAAGAUGGCAAAGAAAAAGAUGAAAGUAGUGAUAGUAGUGACGACAACAAUGGACAAACGCUGAAAACAAAAUCAACUAAAAAGAAAAAGAAGAAGAAGGAGAAAAAGAAGAAGAAGAAGGAUAAGUCCUAAUUGUUGUAUUAUGCCUGUCACUUUCCAUAUUCAUACUAUACUGAUCCCUGGGAUGAUGUUGGCAGCUUCUUGCUGCAUAAAGUUUCUAAACUUAAAGAUCCAAAUGUUAUUACCCAUGGGAACAACAUUUUUUUCUUUUUCUCUUCCUGCUUAGUAAUUUUUAUUUUUUAUUGAUUUGAUCAGAAGAGGGAGGUAGGCAUCAAGGAGUGAUUCAUCAUUGUGCUUAAAGGAACAAACUGACUUGUUAGGAAGUGAGGUGGUUUGCAGUAAACCAUAGUCAAAAGGGAAGAUUAACAUCAAUAAUUUAUUUUUGUGCAUCCAGUACAGAGACCUGUCCUACCUAAAGUUAGCACCAAAGGCAUCCUUGACUGAUCUAUACUUAAUGCACAGAAAUGAAAUGAUAACAAAUAUUUUUUGGCUGUGCAUUUUCCAAAAUGUCAGCAUGUUUCAACAGAUUUUUACGUUUUAUAUGGCAUGCCUUAAGUAUGCCCUCACAUCCUGGUUUCAUGUUUUACUCAGUGUUUUAAUUAUUUUUAGACAUUGAUCUUUCUCAAUACUAUUACUACCAUGUAUAUAUUUUUCAACUACUAACAGCAUUGUAGCGUUAAAAAUGUCAUGUGUACUUUUUUUUUGCAGUUGAGUUCCAUUUUCUUACAGUCUGUGUUUUUAUCCGAAAUACAAGAUGACUUAAGUCUGGCUCCUGUUGUGACUUUCUAAAUAAAGAAUGUGUACAAUUUAAAGAG